ACAAGGAAUACGCAAAGUCACUAUUUCAUGUAAAACUCUAAAAGACUGAUGACGCUACAUCUCUUAUAUACCGUUUUUUUAUUUAUUUGCGACUCAGUAGAGAAGAAACAGACAGGCCUUUUCUAUUAUGGGUAAGUGGGCGUUGUCCCGACAAAAUCCAUAAUACGCGUUGACAUAGAACCGAUGUCCAGGCGGAAAAGACCCGGGACACCAGCGAGAGAUCAAAAUGAAAGGAACCCCCUCCUCCAUUAACAUCAGAAGUCCCACGUGUACUAAUACAUAUUUAUUACAUGUUUCUGGGAUGUACAAUAUGGCAAUAUGCAGGACGAGGAUUCAUCUUUGCCCCGAAGGGACAUCCGAGCUUCCUGGUGUGUCUGAUCUCAGAACUUCAGAGUCAAAGGAAGGUUCAGUUUACUGUAAACUACAAACCGUACGAGUCAGACAUAUGCUUCUUAGAAUCCUGAGGCCCCUGUUUGUGUCUCGGACCCGUGACCGAACUUCCCGGGUACGUCCCAGUGUGGACGUAGGAGACAGGCUGCUUGUCCAUCUGUCCAUCUCAGUGUUGAGUAACACGCUGAUGAAUAAUUCCUCUACCUGCUGCUUUGCAGGAGAUUACUUUGUGUGAAGAUGACCCUGCUGCUCAUGCAUGAAUAAUUCAUCACACGCACACACACAUACAGUCACAGAUCAUGUGAGAUUGUAACGCCCGGCUGACAUUUAAUUGGACUGAAUUUAAUUGAGGAACAGGUUUGGAGUUUUUUCCCCGCUUACAGCUAUAAAAAAAUUCCUUAAUUUUAAUUUGAUCACUGCUUUACUGAUAAUAUGCAAUAUUUCUAUUUACUUCCUUUCCAUAAUCUCAAAUAAAUUAUGUUUGUAUGCCAAUUAUCUUGUAAUAUUUUAUAAAAAAGCCUAAGUGUUUUUUUUUGGAGGAGAACAAGGACAUUCAAUUUAUUAUUAACAACUAAUAUAUUUCGUUACCUUACAGACGCAAAAAAGUCAAGUGAUUUGGCAAAGAACUAACAAAAUGUAUCUAAAUGGGACAUACUAACCCUUUAAUUUACACUACAAUAGUUCAAUGUUGUCCUUGUAUUUUUACUAAUACUAAUAUGACAUAAUAUCAAUAGUAUUAUACAAUUUAAUUAACAAACAUAUCGGCUUAACAAAUAAACUAUUACCUUCUUUCCUAAUAUUAAAACAUAUAUAAAAACUGCAUAAUAGUCCUUUAUCAUCCAUGACCGUCUGACCUGCGGGGGCGCUGUCCAUUUUCUGUCCGUUUAAUCUGCUGCGGACGAAUGAAAAAGGACACGAAGAAGACUGCGACAGGCCAUUGGUCGGAAGGGCUGCGGCAGAGUUUCCUAUUGGCCGUCUGAGUUGCCCCGCCAGUUGAGACCAGAAACAGCGCCACAAUUGAACAGCGUCCAACUUGUUGUCGUCUGUCGACUUUUUGUGAUAGAAUUCAUACAAAAUGUUUCACAUGUGAGCUAAUGUUAACUCGGAGUUUAAACAUUCGGUUACCGUCCGAGGGGCUCGAAUUUCGACGCGUGUCCGAAGCUGAAAGAGGCGGCCGAUGAGGUCCCAGCCGGAAGCUAAAGAGGCUAGCCGAAAGGUGUUAGCCGAUCUCACUGAGGCGUUUCAGGCGUUUAGUGGCCGUUGAUCCUUCCACCCUGCCGGCCCCAUCGGGCAUGAGCUGCCCAGUGAACCUGCAGGCUCUGCCGUCCGGAGUGUUUGAGGCGGUUUUCACUCCAGAGAACUUGAAAGGAAGAACCUCAAUGAACUCUCUCACUACGCUGAGUUUCCCCAAAUCCAGAUCAGCUCUGUGGGACGGCAGCCCUGCAGGAGAGGAGCUCCGCCUGGGGCUCUGUGCUCGCAGGAGGCCUCGGCUAGUGCUGUUGGAGAAAGCUCUGCGACUGGCCCAACGCCAUGCCCGUCACAGCAACAAGCCCCGCCUCCUGUGUUUCCUCCUGGGUUCAGUGUGUAUCGAUGCAGAUGGGGAGGGGGUCACUGUGACUCUGGACCGGUUCGACCCGGGUCGGCAGCAGGCUGGAUCCGUGAGCAGAGUCCCCUCUGCUCUGCUGCCUGGAGACGUCCUGGUCCCCUGUUGUGUCUCCACGCAGGCCGAGACCCCGUCCGACGCCGCCAUCCAGUCGGAGGCCGACCUGCAUGACUGCUUCAAGGCGCUGCAGCAGAGUGUGAGCGGCAGGCAGACCCUGGAUCUGUCUCAGCUGAUGAAGGUCAGAGGUCACGUCGUCUGCUCCCAGCAGUCCGACGCUGCGGCGCUCGCCCUCAGCUGGUCGGCCGUCUGUCCGUCCGUCACCGUGCAGGUGCAGCCGGUCCGAGCCGUCCCCGUCAUCCCCACCGCGCUGCUGAGGAGUCUGACCGGCAUCGACCGGCCGGCGCCGCCCCCGCACGCCGCCAGCCGCCACCGAGGGUUCCUGACCAUGGAUCAGACCAGGAAGCUGCUCCUGCUGCUGGAGUCAGACCCGAAAGCCUCCAACCUGCCGCUAGUGGGGCUCUGGCUGAGUGGAGUCACACACGUCUCCAACCCUCAGGUGUGGGCCUGGUGUGUGAGGUUCCUGUACAGCUCCGCCCUGCAGGACAGAGUUCUUUCAGAGAGCCGCUGUUUCCUCCUCGUCUUGUUCGCCUCCACCCACAGAGCGCCUCAGUUCUUUCAAUGCCGUGGACCAGGACCAGGACCUGGACCAGGACCGGCACCGCAGCUGGACUACCAGCUGCUGACCGCCGGCCAGUGCGUCACGCUGUACCAGCAGGUGGCCUCGGUGGAGGGGCGGACUCUGCAGUGUGAGCUGCGCUCGGAGGAUCACAGCAGACAGGCGGAGGUCUUCAGGGAGGCCAGGACGUCCUUCAGCAGAACUGCCCCCCCCGCUGCCGGUCUGUCUGUCAGCGAUCAGGACUCAGGGGUUGAGGACGAGGACUUGUCUCCGCGGCCGUCCCCGAGCCCCCACGCCCCCGCUCAGCAGGCUCGGAGAGUCCAGCCGUCUGUUCCUGAACUUUCUCUGCUGAUGGACAGCAGCUUCACCUCCAAUCAGAACGCUCGGCAAAGCCCUGGCUCCGCCCACAGAGACCCUCCUCCUCCUCCUGCUGCUGUUGGGAGGAAGUCUGCUCCUCCAACCAUAAACACCACCGCCUCCUCAGCUCCCAGACCUGCUGCUGCACCUCCUCACCACCACAGCACCCCCAACUCCAACCUGCAGGAGCCCUGCUCCUGCUGCACCACCUACAACUGCACCACCAUCUUCUCCUCCCCAAGGCUUCACCCUGCUCCUCUUCCUCCAUCCUCCAAAUGUCACACUCCUCCUCCCUUUAGUCAACCCCCAUCUUCUCUUCCUCUAUCCUCCCAUCACAACACUCCUCCGCCCCCUUGCAGUCACCACCCUGCUUCUCUUCCUCCAUCUUCCCACCAUCACACUCCUCCUCCUUCAUUCAGUCAAAACCUUGCUCCUCUUCCUCCAUCCCCCCAUCACAACACUCCUCCUCCCUGUGGUCAUCACCCUGCUUCUACUCCUCCAUCCAGUCACCAUCCAACGACUCUUUCUUCCUCCGUUCUUGCUAAUUCUCUCUCCUCCCUUCACUAUACUCCACCUCCUUUCUCCACCCACUCUCCUCACAGCACGUCGUCUCCUCCCCCUGCUCCUCCUCCUCCUUGUCACUGCGGCCACUCUCCUCCCACCCAGUGGUGCGGUGACUCCUCCUCCCCUCGCCCCUCCCGUCCAGCAGAAGCAGACUCUGCGUCUCCCACCAGGCUUUUCCGUCCCGCCUGUGUGAGUCAGUGCUGUGAUCAGUUGGGGGGGGUCGUUCCCCCUGACACCUACCAGCUCCUCCUCCAUCAGGACCGACAGCUGCGCCUACUGCAGGCACAGGUCCAGAUGCUGCUGCAGGCUCAGGGCAGACCUCAACCCUCCGUUGGGCCGGUGGAGGCUCCGGCGCCCAGGAGCACCGUCAGCAUCGCAGUAGGGACAGGGGCCAGUUUGUUUUGGGGGGAACCUGUCCAGUCGCCCCUCCCCCCUCAGGAGGUACCCGCCCCUCCUUCUUCCUACUCCUCGCACGGCGACCUGUCCGUCAUCGGGUCUGCAGGCCGCGCUGAGGACCGCGAGGCCGCAUGCCCCCCCUCCGGUCAGAACAGCGUCAGCGGUCUGCAGAGUCCCGUUCUGGGAGAGAGCGUCAGCAUGUACGGAGAGCAGCAGAGCUUCUACCACAACCUGAUGACUCAGGUCACCAGUCGUCUCCAGGAGUCCGAUAGUAAACAGGAAGUAGAAGAGGAGUCCAGAAGGAGGAGCCUGCCUGAGUCCUCCCAGUCCAGGAGGAGGCAGAGCGGUGGAGGCGACCCGGUACUCGCAGCCACCGUGAGGCAGCUGCAGCAGCUCGGGGUCGCUGUGGACCGAGACGAUCUGACGGAGCCGAAGCGCAGAGUCCACGAGACGGUGGAGAGCAGCAGCACUCUGGCGAGCAUCAACCCGGCGGCGGUUCUGUCCAGGCUGAGCGUGUCCGAGCCGGCGGCGAGCGCUCUGUUCUCUGAAGGCAGCGUGGAUCUGAGCCUGGAGGCCAACGCCAUCGCCCUGCGCUACCUGAGCGACUCCCAGCUGAGCAGACUCUCUGUGGGAGGCCACGCCCCUCGCCCAGGGCCCGCCUCCAACCACUCCCUGAUGUCUGUUAGCAACAUGUCUCUGGCCACCAGGAAGUACAUGAGGAGGUAUGGCUUGAUCGAAGAGGAGGAGGAGGAGGAUGACGACGACGAGGAAGAAGAAGAAGAAGAGGACAAGAAGCAGGAGGCAGAUGUUCUGAAUUCUAAACUCCUCCCACAAGGUCAGCUGAUCCGGGGCCCUCGGCCCAAAACGCAGCCGUUAGUGAACGCUGCCGACAAGGAGAACCGUUCCGGCAAGCGGCCAUCUUUACUGAGAGCGAGCGCCCGCCGGACGGACGGAUCGAUGGGAAACAUCUUGGACCUGAGCCGCCUCAGACAGCUGCCCAAACUCUUCUAAGAACGUCUUCAACGCCGGCGCUGGUCCCGUGGUUACUGGAAGUCUUCCAUCUUUAUCAAAUGGACUUUUUAAAACUGUCUCACAUGGGAGCGGACACGUUUGUCUGAAAUUUGUAUGUAGCCAAUAUGUUUUUCUACCACUCCAUUUUUAAUGUGAAAUGUCUUUUGCAUAGGUUUUUAAAAUAUUUAUUUUGCAAAUAAAAGUCAUAUU